GUCAAUGUCAGAAAAAGUCAAAACAAAGUGAUAACCUCAACUUUAUGUAACGUUAACGGAACUAUAAGAAAAAUAAUUGAAAUUUAAACAACAUUUUGUAUAAUCAUUACAGUAAUCUGACAGUAUGACAGUAUAUUUAUCAAGAAUUGUAUUAAAUGCUUUGCGAAAUCCAUCUUCAAAGAACUUCGUGUUAUGUUCUUGUACGGAACUUACAAUUUUAAAAGGCCGACAUUUCUCAUCUAAAAAUGAUAUUUUCAACUGGAAAAUUCAGACAAAAGUGAGAAAAUAUUCUAGUGACAUGAUCGCGCCACCCAUUGCGCUAGAAAAUGCCAAUAUACCAAUCAAAAAGAAGAUAAUACAUAAGAAAGCAGUUUUGGAGGAGCUUAGCCAGAAAGAGGGACAUUAUGUUACUAUGGCGUAUGCUACGGCUAAUUCUUACGAUCUGAAGGCCCUGAAAGAUGCCCUUGUUGCACAGAAGCUCUAUGAACCUGGCUCCAUACAAGCUCAAGAGAUAGGAGAUGUGGUUGUUGCCAAUGCAGUGUAUUCAGUAGAAGAUGAGCCAAGGCAGAUCCUGUUCUUCAGAGAGGGUGCUGUGGUUUUCUGGAACUGCACGCAACUUGAGGCCAGCAAUGUAUUGGACUUUGUCAAGAGGUAUGAACAGGAGAGUUACCCUCGCGAAGUGGUGCUGAAGGAACGAGAGGUGAUGACGUAUUUCUACCAGCCAAAUAUCAAAAAGUGCCACCUACAAGACCAAGAAUCCUGCUUCGUGAUGGUGCCAAACACUGACAACUCCUUGGAAAAAUAUACUUUCAGCCACGCCAUGGCCCAAUCAGCCCGGCUAGGCGCGUGGGAGGCGCGGCUGGAGUCUCUGGCGGCGGACGUGAGCUAUCACACCGCGCGCAUGCGCACUGAGGGCAUCGCCAACGUUGACAAGAAAGAGGUGGUCCGCAAGCUGGGCGAGCUGUUCGCGCUGCGGCACACGCUCAAUGUGGAGUCCGACUUGCUGGACGGCACGCCCGACGUCUACUGGGAACAGGAGCAGCUGGAGAAGCUCUACUCCAACACCGUGGCCUACUUCACCAUCCCCAGGCGGACCAGGGUUCUAAACGAACGUCUAGCUCACUGCGUAGAGCUUCUAGAGCUGCUAUCUUCGUGGGCUGCAGAUAGACACCACGUCAGACUGGAAUGGAUGGUCAUCGCUCUCAUUCUGGCAGAGGUCUGCUUCGAGCUCCUGCACUAUUACGAGAGAUCCCUAUCUCGCCCGGAGCCGCACCGAGCGCUGGAGCGCCGGCCACCGUCUCCCUUCAUCACAGGACUAGAGGAGGGACUGUCUAUGGACCGGGGGGCACGGCAAGCGGGUAGCAGACGCGGCAUCUCAGCAGAGCUGGAGCAGGCGAUGUUGGCGGACAUGUUUCUGCUGGACACGUUUGGUUAACGAGCGACGUGGCAAGAAGUUUUCAUCAAGCUGUAAAGAGAACAUGAAUUUUUUAUAUAGUAAAUUCGUGCGGCGAUAGACAUUUCACGCGUGCAAAAGCACAUACUGAGAAAUAAUGUUUUCCAAAUAAAGUAGGCAUGUCUUUUCGUGAUAAAUAUAGUAUUAAUAAUGGCAUUAAAUAUAGAACAUUGGUAUGUAAGAACCUGGAACCGGUGGUGCCCUCUUUAGAAGUAAAUAUGUAAAUAAACAUAUCGAAAAUGAAAUAAAUUUCUGUGAAUGUUUAGACAUUUAUAUUAAAAAAAAUGGUAAGCCCUUCUGGCAUAAUAGGGACCAACACUGUUUGAAUGAUGAAGUUUCUUUCGGCAUUUCUUCUCAGCAGUGGUCGUUCCGAAAUGAUAGUAGUUUGUAGCUUUGUUAAACAUAAUUUAAUUUAGAAUGUGACGUGAAAAAGUGCCUGUGAAGGCCUAAUUUCUGAAUAAAUUAUUUGAUUAUGAUUUUGACAAACCAAACAUGUUCAAAACAAAACGUAGUUCAUUGCAUAAUUUCACUAUCGUCGAACAGUUUGCCCAACUUUGGCGGAUUCGGCGGUAUACAUUGAUGGUUUUUCAUUGCUGUAAAUAAAAGCACUCAUACUAACUACGGAAUGUUCACGCAUUCGCGUCGGCGUUUGUUGAGUUCGCCAACAUUGUGGAGCUGGCAUAACAUUCUAUACCUAUUACACUGUUGAGAUCAAUUUGGUUAGAAACAUUUUCUUUUAUUUAUUUCAAAAGAUGGCGCCACUCGUCUUUCGGUUGCCCCAUUGUUACGUUGCGCUCCGUAAUCCUCCGUUGCGUUGAUGUAUAUCAGAUCUGGAUCGCAGAAAUUGUAGAGUUUGGAAUUGGGGAAUAAUUAAGCUGUAACGUGCUGCGUCGUCGCAACGGAGUGCAACGUAGCAAUGUGACCGGGCUCAUUACUAUGACUCCUAUACAUCAUCGUUGAACUCAAGACAUUGGGUAGUUUGUGAGCUUUACCGCAAGUAAAACUCAGCAAUUUACGUAGAAACAGCCAAAGUUUGGUGAACUAUAUGCUUAUAGCGUGGAGCUGGUAUUGAACUGAACAGUAUUCCUUAGAUUUACGAACGAAAUCGCAAUGUAUUAUUUUUGUAUUUUGCUAAUAAAAUAAUUGGUAAUGAA